AUGGGACUGCCUUUUGACUUUCCCGUGUUGAACUUAUACACGCCUAUCGGCUCCGAAUGGCAAUUUUUUGAAUACGCGGGAGACGCAAAGUUAAUAUCUAUCUAUCUAUCUAUCUAUCUAUCUAUCUAUCUAUUUAUCUAUCUAUCUAUCUAUCUAAAUCUUUCUCCAACAACGAAAUCUUCCGUGACUGGAAGUAAAUUAAUUAAUGAAAAUAGCAGAAAGAUGUUCUGGUUGAUUACUCACUCACUAACUCAUUCUAUCUAUCUAUCUAUCUAUUUUUUCUAUCUAUCUAUUUCUGAUUUAUCUAUCAAUCUAAUUUGUUCAUAUCUAUCUAUCUAUCUAUCUAUCUAUCUAUCUAUCUAUCUAUCUAUGUCUGUUCAUGUUGUGAACAAAUAUCUAUCUAUCUAUCUAUCUAUCUAUCUAUCUAUCUAUCAUUGUUGUUUUCAUGUCAAAAAUAUAAAUGAAAAAUAUGGCCCAGCAAACUUUCUAUCUAUGUCUAUUCAUAACUAUGUUCCGAUAUAUCACUCUCUCUAUCUUUCUCAAUCUGUUCAUAUCUAUCUAUCUAUCUAUCUAUCUAUCUAUCUAUCUAUCUAUCUAUCUAUCGCAGUCUGUUCCUAUCUAUCUAUCUAUCUAUCUAUCUAUCUGAGGCGGCGUCUAUAUCAAGGUAGUAGUUAA